AUAUCAUAUUUGAUUGAACAACAGGCUACAUCGAUACAAACUUUUUUUACCAUUCCUAACUUUGCAAAUGAGAAACGAAUCCGAGCAAAGUGAACAGAAGAAAACAAAUUUCCAUUUCCGCGUCUAAGGAAGAAGGAGUGGCCGAAUUUGCGGGACCCACUUUCACCAUUCAGCUCCUCCUCCUCCUCCUCCUCACUCUCUCUGUAUUUCACUCCCACUGUCCCACACCCAAACAACGCUUGCAAUUUGCAACACACAGACAGCUGCUAUGCUAAUUUCUUUUCUUUAUAUAAAGCUCACCCCAGCUGCUGCUAAUCCAUUCCUCUUCUCAAUCCCAUUCUCUCCAUAGCUACUCUAUUAGCCUGCAAGGAAAAAGAUUAAAGUAGUGAAGCUCAAAGCAAAUCAGAGGAAACUUCCCUCUGUUGAUUACCCACAUUUUCUUCCUUUCUUUCUAUCCUGACUUUCUCAGCAACCAAGCAGGGGGUUUGUGUGUGGCAGAGCAGCUGCAGCUGCAGCUGGUGGUGGAUUUUCUUUUUUGAGGGGGAAAGGGAAAGAUAAAAGAAAAGGGGGGAGAAUAAAGUUGUGUGUGUUGCCAGAGGAAGAGGAAUAAGAAACAAAGGCCAUUGCUUUUCUUUCUUCAAGCUCUCUAGUCUCUCCCAAUUCGUUUUUUCUUUGCUUUCCAUCUCAAGGCUGCUACAUGGCGAAACUUACUACAAUGUCUAAUAAUAAUAAGCAAAAUGUGUUGAUAAUUUCUUCCUUCCUUCUGGCCUUGUGCCUUUCCUCUUCUGUAUCUGCUUCUGUUUCGUAUGAUUCCAAGGCUGUUGUCAUCAAUGGCCAGAGAAAGAUUCUCAUCUCUGGAUCCAUUCACUACCCGAGAAGCACUCCUGAGAUGUGGCCAGAUCUCAUACAGAAGGCUAAAGAAGGAGGGUUGGAUGUGAUUCAGACAUAUGUUUUCUGGAAUGGGCAUGAGCCUAAUCCUGGACAAUAUUAUUUCGAGGGUAACUAUGAUCUAGUGAAGUUCAUCAAGCUGGUGAAGGAUGCAGGUCUUUAUGUUCAUCUCAGGAUUGGUCCUUAUGUCUGUGCCGAAUGGAACUUUGGGGGAUUCCCAGUUUGGCUCAAAUACAUUCCAGGCAUCAGUUUCAGAACCGACAACCAGCCUUUCAAGGCCCAAAUGCAAAAGUUCACUACAAAGAUUGUCAACAUGAUGAAGGCAGAGAGGCUGUUUGAGAAUCAAGGAGGUCCAAUUAUUUUAUCCCAGAUUGAGAAUGAAUAUGGACCCAUGGAGUAUGAACUUGGUUCCGCUGGUAAAGCUUACACAAAAUGGGCUGCAGAUAUGGCUUUAGAUCUUGGAACAGGUGUGCCAUGGGUCAUGUGCAAGCAAGAUGAUGCCCCAGACCCUAUUAUAAAUUCUUGCAAUGGUUUCUAUUGUGAUUACUUCUCACCAAACAAAAAUUACAAGCCGAAGAUGUGGACUGAAGCCUGGACUGGCUGGUUCACUGAAUUCGGUGGUGCAGUUCCUCAUCGACCAGCUGAAGACAUGGCAUUUGGAGUUGCAAGGUUCAUACAGAAGGGAGGUUCAUUCAUCAAUUACUAUAUGUACCAUGGAGGGACAAAUUUUGGCCGAACUGCUGGGGGUCCUUUCAUCGCAACAAGCUAUGAUUAUGAUGCUCCUCUUGACGAAUAUGGGCUAUUGAGGCAACCAAAGUGGGGUCAUCUGAAAGAUUUGCAUAGAGCCAUUAAGUUGUGUGAACCAGCUCUAGUGUCCAGUGAGCCAACCGUAAUGAAACUUGGAAAUUAUGAAGAGGCUCAUGUCUACAAGUCCAAGUCGGGAGCUUGUGCAGCAUUCCUCGCGAACUACAACCCGAGAUCAUUUGCCAAAGUGUCUUUCGGAAACAUGCAUUACAACUUGCCACCUUGGUCCAUCAGCAUACUUCCUGAUUGCAAGAACACAGUCUACAACACGGCAAGGGUUGGUGCCCAAACGUCGAGGAUGAAGAUGGUUAAUGUUCCUAGACAUGCUGGCCUCUCUUGGCAAGCAUAUAGUGAAGAGCCAUCGGCAGAUGGUGAUAAGAGCUUCACUAUGGUUGGAUUACUGGAACAGAUCAACACAACCAGGGAUGCUACAGAUUACCUGUGGUAUAUGACAGAUGUUAACAUAAGCCCUGCCGAGAGCUUUCUCCGAAAUGGAAAGUAUCCGGUUCUCAAUGUUUUGUCAGCUGGCCAUGCUUUGCAUGUUUUUGUCAAUGGUCGACUAGUAGGAACUUCUUAUGGAAGUCUAGAAUUUCCAAAACUGACUCUCAGUCAAGGUGUGAACUUGAGAGCUGGCACCAACAGAAUUGCCCUUCUCAGCAUUGCCGUCGGUCUGCCGAAUGUUGGUCCACAUUUCGAGACGUGGAAUGCUGGUAUCCUUGGGCCCGUGACAUUGAAUGGCCUCAAUGAGGGCCGUAGGGACUUGUCGUGGCAGAAAUGGACAUACAAGAUUGGUCUCAAAGGUGAACAAUUAAGCCUUCACUCACUCAGUGGAAGUACAUCCGUGGAGUGGACUGACGGAUCUGUAGUUUCCCAAAGGCAGCCUCUCAUGUGGUACAAAACCACAUUUAGCGCUCCACUUGGAAGCUCACCACUGGCUCUAGACAUGGGAAGCAUGGGCAAAGGUCAAGUAUGGAUUAAUGGGCAGAGUGUCGGAAGGUACUGGCCUGCUUAUAAAGCAGCAUCAGAUGGCUGUGGCGAAUGCAACUAUGCUGGAACUUACAAUGAGAAGAAAUGCUCAAGCAACUGUGGAGAAGCUUCACAACGAUGGUACCAUGUUCCUCGUUCGUGGCUAAAGCCAGCUGGGAAUUUGUUGGUUGUUUUCGAGGAAUGGGGUGGAGAUCCGAACGGCAUCUCCCUCGUUCGACGAGAAGUGGACACCAUAUGUGCUGAUAUCUACGAGUGGCAGCCGACUCUGAUGAACUAUCAAAUGCAAGCCUCGGGGAGAGUGAACAAACCACUGAGGCCCAAAGUUCACUUGUCUUGUGGCGCUGGCCAGAAGAUGUCAUCGAUCAAGUUUGCUAGCUUCGGUACUCCAAAAGGGACAUGUGGAAACUACCAGCAAGGGAGCUGUCAUGCCUUCCACUCAUACGAUGCCUUCAAUAGGCUUUGUGUUGGCCAGAAUUGGUGCUCGGUGACUGUAGCGCCUGAGAUGUUUGGUGGAGAUCCGUGCCCCAAUGUGAUGAAGAAACUUUCAGUGGAGGCAGUAUGCAGCUGAUGAAUUGAAAAGGAGUGCAAGUUCAAAGUUUUGAGUUCCAUGUUCUUUACACUGUUUCCUAUACAGCAGCAGCAGCAAGCAACCAUUUGUUUCGGUGGCUUUCGUGGGGGUGAAAGUUGUACAAAUAUACAGCACACCUUCCGUCUGAAAGCCAUACGUUCUCGUCUAGAUUGUGGGUAAAGAAGAUUAUUCCAGAGGAAGCUCUUAAUUUAUGUACAUAGUGAAGAAUUGUAGCAGUUGGUUAUAAGAACUGGUCCGUGCCAUUCAAGCAAUUCUGGAAGUAGCAGCAGCAGCAGCAGCAGCACAAGCACAUUGAGAUAAACCAGUAAGGGAAUCCAUGUGCAGGAAUUUUCCAGUGUAAUUAGAGUAUGGGGGAACAAAAGCCUCCAGCUUUGGUACUAUGUUUCUUAAGGUUAUCUAUUCUAUCUAUUCUAUCUGUGAAAUAUUUCUGGUUUGCCUGUUGAAUUCAGACCAGUGUUGAUAAUUUCGAUCUGAUACGCUCAACGAGUCGUUUUGUGAGUUUUGCUUUUGCUCAUCUCAUCUCUCAGUUAAUUUGAUUUCACUUUUCAUUCCCUCAACGAUGUAACAAGAAUCACAUAUAGAAAGAUGGAUAGAUGUAUGUGUAAGAAAAUGGAUCAACUUAUGGUAAACUCUGCACUCCAAGCAAAAUUACUCCACCAGAGUCCAGAGGAGAGAACCUAGCUUGCGCCAAACCCUUAAUUGCCAAGAAAAGCA